AUGGAUGCUUUUGGUGGAGCUCCCCGAUUCCUUUCCUCUCCUCGUACUUUCUCAGUCCAAAGUGGCACAAAUGCCGUCCUAAAAUGGCAGGUGGCCGGGGAGCCACGUCCCAGCAUUGUUUGGGAGAAAGAUGGCUCUGUGCUGGAACUGCCCUCUGGCCGGAUGUUUGUUGAGGUCAACGGGGAUGCAUAUAGCCUGCUGGUCUCUCAGGCUGGCCCAGCGGACAGUGGUCGCUAUGUGUGCAAAGCCAAGAACAGUGUGGGUGAAACCUAUGCAGCUGCUCUGCUGAAAGUGGAGACAGGGUCUGAACUGAAACCUAAUGGAGAUUUUGACUGCCAGCCGCCCAUCUUCCUGAAUAGGCCUGUCUCGGCAUGCGUGACCCGGGGCGAAGAUGUGACUUUUGCCUGUAGGGUCUCAGGGCAGCUUGAAUGGGAAAAAGAUGGACGCAGAUUAUCAGACAUCUUUGAGAGCAGCCAUUACAAAAUGGACGUAGAGCCUGGGGACUGGCAUUCUCUGCACAUCUACAACGCCCGAUUGCCAGAUGCAGGGGUCUAUGUGUGCCGAGCACAAAACAGCUUUGGGGAGAGCACGGCUGCAGCUGUGCUCCUGGUAGAUCCUGUGGCAUGCCUUCCUCAUCGUGACCCAUCUCAAGGGGCUCCCCAAAACUGCCAUUUCAAGAAGCCAGCUGAGUCACCAGAGGAUAAGAGGCAUCCACGCCACCCUGCACAGAUUGUAUUGUCUGAAGGCGGGCAGAAUGGAGAAGUGCUGUCCAGCUUACCCCCAACAAAGUCUUUUACUGUGAAUGAAGGGAAGCAUGCCAAGUUCCGCUGCUAUGUCAUUGGCAAGCCCAAGCCGGAGAUUGUCUGGCAGAAAGAUGGGAAGGUGUUGUCUCCUGGAAGAAGACACCUGCUCUAUGAGGACAGAGAGGGCUACUUCAUCCUUAAGGUGCUGUACUGCACUGCACGAGACUGUGGACUCUACGUAUGCACAGCCUGCAACACUGCCGGCCAGACGCUCAGUGCUGUGAGACUCCAUGUCAGAGAACCCCAGCUACGAUUCCAGGCACCUUUGAUGGAUAUAGAAGUGUUGGAACACCAAGAUGCAGUCUUAGAGUGCCAGGUGCCUUUAGAGGCCAUGCCUACAGCAUGGUACCUUGAAGACAAGCGCCUGCAACCCAGCCCCAAGUAUCUCAUGGAGGAGCAGGGCCUACUAAGGCGGCUGACAGUGCGUGAUGCCCGGGCUGAUGAUGACGGCAUCUACUUGUGUGAGAUGGAAGGCAAAGGCCGCAGCAUUGGGGAGCUCUCUGUGCAAGGUCUCAUCGUAAAGCGCUUGCCACGAAAACUAGAUGUGAUGGAAGGAGAAAAUGCAGCCUUCUAUGUGGAGACCCGGGAACCUGUGGAAGCACCAAGUUGGGGUCGAAAUGGGCAAGAACUGGUUGAGGCACCACAUACGCUCAUCAGGAGCUUUGGGAAAACACAUAUUUUGGUACUGGUACAUGUGUCUCGACAGGAUGCAGGAGUCAUCACUUUCAUGGCAGGCGACUCACAAACUUCAGCCCAGCUUCGUGUCAAAUGUGCCAAAAGGAUUCCACCAAGUGCACCUGUGGAAGUAAAGAUGUGCACCACACGUAGCAAUGCCACCCUUCUCACGUGGUGCCCACCACUAGAUCUGCAUCGUAGCCCACCAAGCAGCUACAUCCUUGAGCGGCAGACUGUAGGAGAGGCUGAGUGGGUGCCUUGUCUAACCACUGAUGUCGCUAGCAUGGUUGAAGUUCCGGGGGAUGGUGUGCCCCAGGAGGCUGACUACUGCUUCCGUGUAUGCUCUGCCAAUAAGUAUGGGUGCAGUGAGCAUGUGGAAUUCCCAGGGUCCGUGCAUCUUGUGCCCAGAGCCCAUAUAAAGGAGGGACUGCAAGAUGUGACGGUUUGUAUCAGUGAAGAUGCCACUUUUUCAGUGAAGCUUUCAGCUCCCCUGUCUGGUUGUUGGUUCCUCAGUGGGAAGAGGUUGGCAAAGGAAGAGGAAGACCAGCAGUACCAUAUCAUACACAAUGGCGUGAGCCAUACAUUGCAGGUCAAAAAUGUGCAAUUAGCUGCCAAUGGGUCCGAAGUGCGAUUUGAAACCAAUGGUGUGAAAGAAUCAGCUGUGUUAUAUGUGCAAGCCCCACGGGUACAUAUUACUCCAGUGCCUGAGGCCAGGAGACUCCGAACCCUUCUUCCUGGGAUGCCUCUGCUUCUGGAAUGUGAGCUUUCCAUGCCUGAUGUCCCUGUCUGCUGGCUCAAAGAUGGGAAUCCUAUAGCUUUGGAUAAUGGCGCUUGUGUCCAGUCAGAAGGCUACAUUCAUAAGCUGCUCAUUCCCUCUGUCUGCUCUUUGGAUUCUGGGACGUACAUAUGUGAUGCCAGAGAUGAUGCCAUUAGCUUCACUGUGGCUGUGGAAGAACCUCCUGUGAAGGUUGUUCACUCCAAUUCCAAAGAGGCUCACAACUACAAAGUUGCGGAUCGUGUGGUGCUGUCCUGUGAGUUAUCCCACCCUGAUGUCACUGUGCAUUGGUACAAGGAUGGAGAAACUGUGAAAGAAAGCCAGGACCUCCUGAUGGAGAAUGUGGGACCUCACCAUCACUUGAUCAUUCCCUCAGCCAGAGUGCAGGAUACUGGGGAAUUUGUAUGUGACGUUGGUGGAGAAUCUGUCUUUUUCAACAUUACUGUUGCAGAAACUCCUGUCCACAUUGUCCACUCCAGCCCUGAGGAAGCCCACACCUACCUGGUCUCAGACCGUGUGGUGCUGGCCUGUGAGCUAUCCCGUCCUAACAUCCCUGUGUGCUGGUACAAGGACGGGGAAAAGGUGGAGGAAAGCCAGGACCUCCUGCUGGAGAACGAGGGUCCACACUGCCGGUUGAUCCUUGUCUCUGCACACAUUCAGGAUACAGGAGAGUUUGUGUGUGAUGCAGGUGGUGACUCUGCCUUCUUCAACAUCACUGUCACAGAGCCACCUGUACAGGUGGUGUGCUCCAAUGCAGAUGAGGCUCACACCUACUGGGCUUUAGAACAAGUAACUUUGUCCUGUGAGCUGUCCCGCCCUAAUGCUCUCGUGCAGUGGUACAAGGAUGGGAAAGAAGUAGAAGAAACGGAGGGUCUGCGGCUGGAGAGUGAAGGGCCUCAUCACCGCCUGAUCAUUGCCUCAGCCCAGGUGAAAGACACAGGAGAAUUUGUAUGCGAUCUGGGAGGCGAUUCUGUCUUUUUCACUGUAACUGUUUCAGACCAUCCUGUGAGGAUUGUACACUCCAAUGACGAAGAGAACCAUGCCUACCAGGUUGCAGAACGCGUAGAGCUGUCCUGCGAACUUUCUCGUCCUGAUGCCCCCGUACAUUGGUACAAGGAUGGAGAAGAGGUGGAAGAAAGUGAGAGGCUGCUACUGGAGAGUAAGGGCCCUCACCAUCGGCUGGUCAUUCCUUCAGCUCAAGUAGAAGAUUCUGGGGAAUUUGUGUGUGAUGCAGGUGGCGAUUCGGCAUUCUUCAACAUCACCGUCACAGAACCAGUUGUGAAAAUCAUGCAGUCCAAUGCAGAGGCCAUUCAUGCUUAUCAGACCUCAGACCGUGUGGUGCUGACCUGUGAGCUGUCUUGCCCCAACGCCCCUGUCCAAUGGUACAAAGAUGGGGAGGAAUUAGAAGAAGGUAAAGACUUGCUGUUUGAGAGUGAAGGUCCCCACCGACGACUCAUCCUUCCCUCGGCACAAUUUCAAGACACUGGCGAGUUUGUAUGUGAUGCAGGCGGUGACUCUGCCUUCUUCAGUGUUACAGUUGCAGCUCCCAAGGUACAUAUCUCUCCAGUGCCAGAAGCUCAGCGCUUCCAGAGUAUCCUGGCUGGAAUGCCACUCCUUCUAGAGUGCCACGUCUCUACAUCUGAUGCCUCUGUCCAGUGGCUCAAGGAUGGAGAUCCUGUGCUGAUGGAUGAAAAUAGUCUCAUUGUCAAAUCAGAAGGCUGCCUUAGGAGUCUCUUGAUUAAUUCAGCCUGCCCCUUGGACUCAGGAACCUACACAUGUUGCACAGCUGACGAGACAGUUGACUUCAUUGUAACUGUGGAAGAGGUGCCUGUUCGUGUUGUUCAGUCCAGUGCAGAUGCUAGUCACAUCUACCAGGCUUCAGAGCGUGUGGUGUUAUCUUGUGAGCUGUCUUGCCCAGAUGUUGCAGUUUGCUGGUAUAAAGAUGGGAAGGAGGUGGUGGAAAACAAUGGUUUCUUGCUGGAAAAUGAGGGAUUCCAUCAUCGUCUGAUCAUCCCUGCUGCCCAGAAACAUGAUACAGGACAGUAUAUGUGUGAUGCCGCUGGAAAUUCCAUAUUAUUCAAUGUCACCAUCACUGAGCCCCCUGUGAAGAUCGUGCAGCCGCGCAGGACUCCCUCUGUCCUGAAGGCCUCAACGGGGGAUACAGUGACUAUGGCCUGUGUGCUCUCCCAUGGGAAUGCGCCUGUCCACUGGGUUAAGGAUGGUGUCAGAGUAGAGGCCAACAGCGGCCUCAUCCUGGAGGAAGAGGGUGCCCGGCGGUGUUUGGUCAUCCCUGCAGCUGGCCCAGAGCAUUCUGGGAAAUACAUCUGCCACACUCUUGAUGAUACCAGGACCUUCACCCUCCAGGUGUCUGAUCCUCCGGUUCAAAUAGUGGGGCGAGAUGAGCUGCAAACCCACCACCGUUGCUUGGUUUCUGAAGACCUGGUGCUGUCAGUAACACUGUCUUGCCCCAAAGGAGAGGUGAAAUGGUACAAGGAUGGGGAGAAACUGCAGGACACAGAACGUGGGUGGUUGGAGCAAGAUGGAACGCGACAUUCGUUGGUGGUUUCAGCCGUGGAAAUGUCUGAUGCUGGGGAAUAUCUGUGUGACAGUGGUGACGACAGCCUCAUCUUCUAUGUCACAGUAGAAGAGCCUCCCAUCUCCAUCGUGGGAUAUGCAGGGAUGCCAGAGCAUCGCUCCUUGGCAACUGGAGAAGAUUUAAUCUUGGCUUGUGAGACGUCUUCACCUACAGUUGCCGUGCGAUGGCUCUGGAAUGGCAAGGAGCUAGCGGCGGCCAAGCGUGUUUGCAUAGAGGCCACUGGAAGGCACCAGCAACUCACCAUCCUUAGUGUCACCCCAGGCGAUUCAGGCUCUUAUGUGUGUGAUGCAGGCACAGACCAGAGGGUGACUACUGUAGAAGUAGCAGCACCCCCUGUGUGCAUUGUGAAUAAGGAUGAUGCCCGAGAACCUAUUGAAGUCCAGGAAGGAGAGAAUGUGACAUUGGUUGCCCAACUUUCUCAAGAGAAGACGUGUGUCCAGUGGCUCAAGAAUAGGCAGCCACUGUGUCCUGGGCCACGAAUGAUUAUGAGCAGUGAGGGGCUGGUCCACAGCCUAACCAUCCAACAAUCUGAGCCAUGUGAUUGUGGCACGUUCAGCUGCAAUACUGGAGAUGAUGAAGUGCAUUACACAAUAAAUGUACAAGAGGCCCCAGUGCUGUUUGUGUCCAAACCACAGCAUCCAGAGAAGGUGCUGGUCCUGGAGGGGAGCAGUGCAGUGCUCUCAGCCAUUGUCUCCAAGGAGUCAUCCGUGGUCAGCUGGGAAGGACCCCAAGGGAUCCUUGUGGCAGGGGAGCACUGCCAGUUUCGCAGAGAAGGACGGGUCCACAGCCUCUUGCUGAGUAAUGUAGGCAAAGCUGAUGCUGGAGAGUACAUCUGCCAUUCUUCUCAUGACCAGCUGCAUUUUGAGCUUAGUGUGAAAGAACUGCUGGUGAAGUUUGUUCGGGGUCUCUCAGAUGUGACAGCUCUGCAGGGCGAUACAGUGUUGUUCUGGUGUGAAUUGUGCAAAACCAAGGGUGAUGUGACAUGGCUGAAAGAUGGGCAGGAGCUGGAACCCAAUGAACACCUGCAGAUCGGAGCAGAGGGACGAGAGCGUUCCUUGACACUCAGUAAUGUGAGGACUGAAGAUGCUGGCGAAUAUUCAUGUGAAAGCAAAGAUGACCGUACUUUGGCUAUUCUCACAGUCCAAAUCCCUAGGUUGGUGGAGAUAAUUUCUGACCUGCACAAUUUAACAGUGCUGGAAGGGGAUGAUGCCACCUUCAAAGUGGUGGUAUGUCCAGAUGAUGUCAGGUUGAAUUGGCAGCUGAAUGGACAAGAUGUAGUGAAUAGUGAGCGGUUGGCCAUAACCAAGAAUGGGCUAUGCCAUACCCUCACCAUACGACAAUGCCGCUUGAGCGACACUGGCAUAGUCACCAUCCGUGCAGAAGGACUGUCAAGUUCAGGCAGACUCAGUGUGCAAGAGGCUCAGGUGCUGUUUGUGCAGACGCUGCAUGAUUUGGCAGCUGAGGAGGGGCAGGACGUCCGCUUGGAAGUGGAGCUGAGCGUGGAGAGUGCGGAGGUGCAAUGGAUGAAGCAAGGCAUCUUACUGCAGCAGAAUCCUAGAUACUCCAUGGAGGUACAAGGGCCAAAAAGGGCUCUUACCAUCCAUCACAUUGAGCUUGCUGACCGAGGCACCUAUCGCUGUGAGAGCCUGCAUGAUCGCACCCAAGCCAGACUGACUGUGGAACCCCGGAAGGUGACAGUGAAGAAACCACUAUUGGACGUGGAGACAUUGGAAAAGGAGACAGUGACAUUUGAGCUUGAGCUAUCUCACCCCAAUGUGUUGGGGGUCUGGACACGUGACGGCAUCCGUGUGAAGCCUAGUUCCACCUGCCAAAUGAGCGCCACUGGUUGUGUGCACAGCCUGACGCUGCAAAGACUCACACUAGAUGACACAGGGACUGUGACCUUCACUGCUGAUACUGUACGGAGCUCUGCCCGCCUUACAGUCCGAGAGCCACCAAUUAUAAUGCUGCGCUUGCCCCAGGACUUGGGCAUUCCCGAGACAGGCUCAGCUACUUUUGAGUGUGAGCUGUCCCGACCCCUGGCUGAGGUGAAGUGGUACAAGGAUGGCAAGGAGAUCCAGGUGAGCCCCAACUGCCGCAUAUAUUCAGUCGGGCGUCGGCGUCUCCUGCAGCUCAACCAUUGCAGCCUUGAAGAUGCUGGCGAAUAUACGUGUGAUGCUGGUGACUGCCGUGCUUCUGCCAAACUGAGGAUCUUUGAACGUCAGGUCCAGAUUGUGCGAGAACUGGAGGAUGUCCGCGUGCAGGAGAAUGAGAAUGCUGUUUUCAUAUGUGAGGUGUCCCUAGGGGAGGUAAAAGGUGAAUGGUAUCAUAAUGGAGAGAAACUCAAAGUCACCAGCACUGUGAAAAUACGCCAGGAAGGAACCCGUCACUUCCUGCUUCUGAGCUCUGCUCGCCCUGAGGACAUAGGCCAGGUCCGUUUUGUGGCCAAGACAGCUGCUUCGGAAGCCAGGCUGGAAGUGGAAGCAUUGCCGAUUCGCAUUGUGAAGCCACUGCGGGAUAAAACUGUAUUGGUGCGUCACAAAGCUACACUGGAAUGUACAGUGUCUCAGGCUCGAGGACGUGUGCGCUGGUUUCGGGGCGACACAGAGAUCUUUGCCGGCCCAAAGUAUGAGAUCUGCAAUUUGGAUUGUUACCGAACUCUGGUUAUUCACAGCGUGGAGCCCGCAGAUGAAGGCCUGUAUACCUGUGAUGCCCUGGACGAUCGUUCCACAGCCCGCCUGCUAGUGGAGGCUGAGGGAGUCCAGGUGGUCCAGCCUCUGAAGAACGUGGAAGUGACGGCUCCCUCCGAGGCUCAGUUUGAGUGUGAAAUAUCUGCCCCUCCAGACUUCACUCCCCAGUGGAGCCUCAAUGGGGAGGAGCUGCAGCCCGGAUUGCAGGUGCAGAUGGAGAGUGUGGGACACAUCCACAAGCUGAGGUUCUGCAGGACUAGCCCUAACAUGAGUGGGAUGGUGAAGAUUACCAUUGGUAAUGCCCGUUCCAAAGCCCAUCUCACAGUGCGAGAGUGCUAGCACCAGGAAAGUCCUGAAUACAGUGGAGCAAAGUUUAAGCUUGGAAAGGCAAAGAAGCAAGUUGACAGUUGUAUGAAUAAUCACACACAAAAAGACAAGUCAUCUUGUCUUCUUCCUCUUCUGCACGACAUGGGAAACAUGUUCUGCUUUAUUAAAUGUUCUUAAGUCCUAAUUUUGUUUAAAAUGUUGCGUUUGGUUGGUGUGAUGAUCUGCUGGUCCUGGAUCAACGGGAAAAGACAAAGCACUGGAACUGUAUUACCUCUAACUUUAUAUAUUCAUCAAUGGGUCUAAUUUAGACCAACGGAAUGGCCAACUACUUUACUUUCUUCUCCCCUCCCAAUUAAACCCAUUUCCCCUCACAGAUGCAU